GUGCGAGUAACUACAAUGGAUGCAGAGCUGGAAUUUGCCAUUCAGCCCAAUACAACUGGCAAACAACUUUUUGACCAGGUCGUGAAAACAGUUGGUUUGCGUGAGGUCUGGUUUUUUGGGCUGCAGUAUGUUGACAGCAAAGGCUAUUCUACUUGGCUUAAACUGAAUAAAAAGGUGACACAACAAGAUGUUAAAAAAGAGAAUCCUUUACAGUUCAAGUUCAGAGCUAAAUUCUUUCCUGAAGAUGUUUCUGAGGAAUUAAUUCAAGAAAUAACCCAGAGACUUUUCUUCUUGCAAGUUAAAGAAGCCAUCUUAAAUGAUGAGAUAUAUUGCCCACCAGAAACUGCAGUUCUUCUGGCUUCCUAUGCUGUCCAAGCCAAAUGCGGAGAUUAUAAUAGAGAGAUUCACAAACCAGGCUACCUUGCUAAUGACAGACUCCUGCCCCAGCGGGUUUUGGAACAGCACAAACUGACAAAAGAACAGUGGGAAGAAAGAAUACAGAACUGGCAUGAAGAGCACAGAGGGAUGCUAAGGGAAGACUCAAUGCUGGAAUACUUGAAGAUUGCACAAGAUCUAGAAAUGUACGGCGUCAACUAUUUUGAAAUAAAAAAUAAAAAGGGUACUGAGUUAUGGCUAGGCGUUGAUGCUUUGGGUCUGAAUAUUUAUGAGCAUGAUGACAAGUUAACACCUAAAAUUGGCUUUCCUUGGAGUGAAAUCCGAAAUAUUUCAUUUAAUGACAAAAAAUUUGUUAUAAAGCCAAUCGACAAAAAAGCACCUGAUUUUGUUUUUUAUGCACCUCGUCUGAGGAUCAAUAAGCGGAUUUUGGCCUUGUGUAUGGGAAACCAUGAACUGUACAUGCGGAGAAGGAAGCCUGACACUAUUGAAGUACAACAGAUGAAGGCUCAGGCGAGGGAGGAAAAGCAUCAGAAGCAGUUGGAAAGGGCACAAUUAGAGAAUGAAAAGAAGAAAAGAGAAAUAGCAGAAAAGGAAAAGGAAAGAAUAGAACGUGAAAAGGAAGAGCUAAUGGAACGCCUAAGGCAAAUUGAAGAACAGACAAUGAAAGCCCAAAAAGGAUGUAUAAUAAAAAUAUUAGUGAUUUACAGUCAAAAAACUACUCAAAGAAGCACUGAAGAAUAUAAGAUAUAG